ACUUAAACCCAUCUUGUUUGUGUUGAAGAUUGUUGUGGUUUGAACUGCAUAAAUAUCAUCUCAACAAAGUGUGCCCCAGGGAGGGGUGUAACCUCUACCUCUUGGUGGGCACAGAAGUGUGAGAGAGGAAAUCAAGUGGAGGAAAAGUAUGAAUUUUGCAGCUCAGUUCCUAUACUCCAAGAAACAAAGCAACAGAGAUCCUGCCCAGGAUUCUGAACGGGAGGAAGACACUGAUCCCUUCUGGAGCAGGUUGGAUAACCCAUACCUCACUGUAUCUAUCUAGGAGGCAUGGACAGUGACAAAGGUCUCAGUGUCCCCCAGUAUUCAGUCAAUCUCCUUCCACCCUUGGGAGCAGUAGUUGGAUGUCUGCUUCACAUCGCUGUGUUUGUCAUAGCUGUGCUUUAUAGCUGUGUCGAGAGGCUGUUACCAAACAAAGGUGAAGAUGCAACCAAAAAGACAGAUUCAAACCAACAGGAUGGCCAAAAGAAUGGACCGGCUCAAAGUGACCAAACUGCACCACGUCCAUUACCCAUUAACCCUGAAAGACUAAAGGACUUUGUAGAAGAAGAAUAUCUGAAUGGGGACUUGACCACAUGGGAAAAGAAAGUAGGAAACCCUGACGAGCAGCUUAAAGAAGCUAUUGAAAGCACUACCCCAAAAAUUAUAAAAAAUAGUGUAAGACCAAAGAAUGAGUUUCUUCGGUUUGAAGAUAUCAGUGCAGCUGCCUUCAAAAUACAAAGUGGAAUUCAAAAAACUCCCUGCAUGUUUUCAAGGAUUUCAAAGCAGUAUGGUGUUGAACUAUACUUGAAAAAGGAGUAUCUUCAGUAUACAGGGUCUGUAAAGGAAAGAGGAGUCCUCUACCUUCUCACAUCUCUGCCCCAGGAUCAGCAAAGGAAAGGUGUCAUUGUCGCUACAGACAGUAACUUUGCCUUGGCUGUGGCUUUUCAUGCGUCAGAGCUACAAAUACCUGUGUUUGUCAUCAUGUCAGCUGGAACCUCCCUAGGCCGGGUCAGAAUGUGCCGUGAUUAUGGUGCCAUGGUUAUAUUAUUUGGUCCAACUGCUCGGGAUGCACAAAGCCAUGCAAGGAGACUAGCACAAGAGAAUGGAUAUCUGUAUAUAGAGGAGGAGGACAGUGCUGGCUACCUUGCUGGUCUGGGCACUGUUGGUCUAGAGAUAUAUGAGCAAGUUCCCAAUUUGGAUGCAGUCAUAUUCCCAGCAGGAGGGCACUGUGGCUUGCUGGCUGGAUCAGCAGCUGCCCUCAAACACCUGAACCCAAAAAUCACAGUUAUUGGUGUCGAGAGUGAGAAAUUUCCCAUUGUGCAACAGUCAUUGAAAUCAGGACACUGUUCAACAGAAUAUGACUGCAUAACUCAUCCCCUGUAUGGAGAGCUUGGAGGACCAUCCUUUGGUGCCAAUACAUUAAAACUCACCAAGAAGCUUAUAGAUAAGAUGAUCUCAGUGAGGGAGGAGGAUGUACUGCUUUCUAUGCUGAGGCUUCUAGAAUGUGAGAGAGUCACAGCUGAUGCUGAGGGUGCAAUGGGACUUGCUGCUCUCGUAGCUGAUAAACUGCCAGAACUGAAAGGGAAAAGAGUGGCUGUUGUUGUUUGCAGUGGAAACCUCCCUCUGCCAUUAUUUCGCCACUGCAUAGACAAAGCCUUGGUCCUGGAUCACCGAGUCUGCAAGUUCUCUGUCGUGCUUUCAGACUUCCCGGGGGAAGUCACAAAGCUCCUUGAGAUUCUUGGUCGAGAAGAAGUCAGGGUACUGGAUAUACAGAAAGAGAACAUCUUCCUGAACACUGCCCUUUUCACAAUAGAGGUAACCUGCCUAGUGGAAACCAGAGACAGAACACACACUAUGCAGCUAAAGGACAUGCUGACAGAAAAAUACUCAUCGCUAAAGUGGAAUGACCAGUGAGCAGAGAACAAUUAGAAGUUGGUGAUGUGGACUUUUCGCCAGUGCAUGAGUUUGCAGCCAAUCUACUGAAAUUUUCUACAAUUACCUAUGCUUGUGGCUUUAAGAGUCUUCUUUGUAAAUCAACCAGACCUUAAUUAGUUUUUGUUAAGUGAAGUCAUAUUCAUCAGAACAACAAAAUAUUCCAAUACAGAUACAGCAUCAUAUAAUGGAAGGGAGUAAAGAUAUAAAUAUUGCUAAGAAUUAUAUGAUCUGUCCAGUGGUUUAUCAUGCUAAAGUAGAAAUGUUGUUCAUGUGAUUAAAAAGUAAAUGAAUUGUG